AUGGACCUCAAUGGUAGGGCCAUUGGACACAGGAGAAGCCAUAUCAGGAAGCAGGCUCAGAAAGCUACUGCCACUUUUUGGGCCUGUAGAAGAGUAUUUGGCACAUCGUGGGGUCUCAAACCAAAGUUAGUCAAGUGGAUUUGCACGGCUAUUUUGAUACCCCAGUUAACUUUCGCCUCUGUUGUUUGGUGGCCCGCGAUACGAAGGGACGCUAACAUCAAGGUACUAAAUAAGGUUUAUCGGCUUGCAAUGCUAGGUAUAACAGGAGCGUUUAAAACAACUUCCACCCUAGCAAUCGGGGCACUUCUGAAUGUAGUUUCUCCAAAUAUAACUAUUGAAUCUCUGUUUGUGAAAACAGCAUUGAGACUUCAUUUUGUUAGCCUGUGGUCGAGUGCUAGGACGGGACAUGAGUCCAUCCUGCGGAACAGAGAUCUCGGGGAGAUUCUGUCCCAGGGAGGGGACUAUGGCUCUCGUAGCUACCACUUCAGGUCCAACUACAAGGUCCUGUUUCCGAGCAGGCAGGAAUGGAAGGAAGGGGGCAACGAUCUCCUGUCCCCCAAGGGGCUGGUCUGGUUUACGGACGGGUCUAAAAGGUUGGAGGGAACAGGAGCAGGAAUUUAUAGCGUCGGACCCAAAACUGAGAUAUCUCUCAGGCUAGGGCACACCGCCUCUAUUUCUCAAGCAGAGGUAUAUGCGAUCUGGUCCUGUGUUAAGCACGUUUCAGAGCUGAAUCACAGGAACAAACACAUAAACAUAUGCAGUGAUAGCCGGGCAGCUCUAAAGUCACUCACAUCUGCCGUGGUGACUUCAAAGCUGGUACGGGAAUGCAUUGAGCUUGUUAGCAAAUUAGCGAGUGUUAACUAUGUCAAUCUCGUUUGGGUACCGGGUCAUAGCGGUAUUAAAGGAAAUGACAUUGCAAAUGAACUGGCAAGAGCAGAAGCGUGUAAGACGGAUCCUGAGCCAGCCUGUUCAAUCCCGGUGCCUCUGUGGUUCAUCAAAAACCACUUGGCUCAAUGA